AUGGCGAGCAGCGGCGGUGGUGGCGCGGCCUCGACGGGGGCGCAGGCGUCGAACGGCAACGCCGCUUCGGCGGUGGCAGCAGUGGCACUCGGCAGCGUGGCCUGGGUGGGGGUUGCAACGGGGGCGAGGGCGGGAGUGGUGGCCGCGGCGGAAGCGCGGCGCGGGCCUGUGGGAAGAGGAGCGUCGGGCCUCCCGUUAAGGCGGCGCUCGGCAGCGUGGCCUGAGCGGAGGCUAGGACGGGGGCAGCACUCGGCGGGGACAGGAGCUGCGGCGGCGCGGCAUGGGGCUACGGGAGGAGGAGCGCUGGAAUUCGGGAAUGGGGGAGCACGGCACGGGAGGACGGAUUGA